AUGUUCUCUCCCUCUAAUACAGCCCAUACUUUUGAUAUUGAGUGUAGCUAUAAAUUUUCUUCCUAUAAAUUUUUUAUAAUGGCUCAAAUGGAUAAAAAUAUGUAUCGAGUUGGAGAUUUUGUCUAUUUCGAAUCUUCACCCGAGGCACCAUACUUAAUUAGACGCAUUGAUGAAUUAAGUAAAUUGUCUACUGGAAGUGUUGAAGCAAAAGUUGCCUGUUUUUAUAGGCGUCGAGAGAUUCCCAAAGAAUUAUUAAGAAUUUCUGAUAAAGCUGGAAGAAAAAAAGAACAUGAUGAGGAAGAUUUAAAAAAAGCAGUUGGUAUAGAGACUAGUGAAGAGAUUCAUCCAACAACAUCAGUUGAGGAAGAUGUUAAAAUGGAGGAGGAACCUGCUAAAGUUGAUUCAACAUUAAAUACAGAUAAUGUUGUUGAUCAAGAAACUGAAAAGGUAGAAGAAAAAGUAGAAGAAAAAGUGGAGGAAAAAAUAGAAGAAAAAAAUGGAGAUAAUUUAGAUGUUCCUUCUACAAAAAAUGAGGUAGAAAAGGAAGAAGUUAUAGGAUUAGCUGGUUUACCAACAGGAGCUGAGAAAUUAACCAAACAACAAAUUCAUGCUCUUCGUUGUAGAGAAUUAUUUUUUACAAGACAAUAUGAAAGUAUUCCUGCAUCAAAUAUUAGAGGAAAAUGUAAUGUAACAUUACUAAGUGAAGUUGAAAAUCCUGAAGAUUAUUUAGAAAAGGAAGACUUUUUCUUUUAUAGUUUAGUUUAUGAUUCCACAAAUAUGUCUCUUUUGGCUGACAAAGGAUCUCUAAGAGUUGGAGAAAGAUAUCAAGCUGUUGUUGAACCAUGGAAAGGAAAAAGAAGUGAAAAAAAUGUUAAAUUAGAGGAAGUUGCUGAGGAAGAAAAUAAAUCUUCUAAUGUUAUUCGUGUACCACCAACAACUAAUAGGGAAACUUUAGUAUACCAUCCACAUCAUACACUUUCAGAUAAAGAUAUAGAUCAAUUUCUUAUUCUUGCUAGAGCUGUUGGAACAUUUGCCAGAGCUAUUGAUCCCACUUCAUCAGCUAAAUAUCCAUCUGUUCAGAUGACAGCUGCAUCUGCAUCUCGUGAUGUUACCCUUCUCCAUGCUAUGGCUCUACUUCAUUAUGGUGAUUAUGAUAUUGGUAAAGCUGUAAAAUAUUUAGUUCCACCACCAGAUAGAGAUGCUUAUCCAAUUGCAGCAGAUAAAGUAACUUCAUGUAAUACUACUACAUUAGGAGGACCAGUUCUUUGUCGUGAUCAAUUUGAAGAAUGGUCACCAUAUGAGACAAAUUUAUUUGAAGAAGGUAUGGAAAAAUUAGGAAAAGAUUUUGGUGAAAUUCGUCAAGUAUGUCUUGGAUGGAAGACAAUGAAAGAUAUAAUUGAAUAUUAUUAUAUGUGGAAGACAACAAACAGGUAUGCUGAAAUUAAGAAGAAAAAAAAUGAAGAAAAAGAUUGUAAAUUAAAACAAGUUUAUGUUCCUAAUUAUUCAAAACCAAGUCCUAAUCUUGCUCAUCUUGACAAUAGUCCCCCUAAAAAAGGAACAUAUAAAUGUGAAAGUUGUGAAAGAGAUGAUGGAUUAAGUUAUUAUAACUGGGGUCCAUCUUACUUAAGUUUAAAAAUAUGUAAUGAAUGUUGGAUAUUUUGGAAAAAAUGCGGAGUACUUAAAAUUCAGCAUCCAAAUGAAUUAUUUGAUUUAGAUAAAAAUGUAACAACAGAUAAAAAUCUUCCUUUACCAAACUUUAAAAGUUGUCCUACAGUUGUAGGAGGAAAAUUAACAAAUAUUCCAUCACAAAUUGUUGCUAAACUUACUCCAGAACAAUUGGCAUUUUAUAAAGCACACCUGGCAGCGUCUAAUGGUUCUGUAUUACAAAAUGGUAUCAAACCAGUAAUGAUACCUUCUAAGCGUGCUUCAUUUUUAUGGAAAGCAGAUGUUCUUUUUAAAUUAGGAUGCAAAACGUUAACUAAACAACAAUUAAAAAUAAAUAAACUUUCCAGAGCUCCUUGUAAAACAGUUACUGAAUUAACUCAAGAAUGUGUUAUUAAUCAUUUAAAAGGAGUCAUUGUAAAAAAUCCAUUAAUUAUAAAUAGAAUUAUUGCCAGCUCAAAUUGGCGAGGAUCAAAAAAUUUACAUUAUCAGGAAAUUUUGCAAGUUUUAGCUAAACGUGGAAUAAAAAGACCUGCUAAUGAAGAUGAUGAAAGCAAUAGUAAAGAAACAAAAAAACCUAAUCUUAAUAUGUAA